AUUACGAUGUCGCUAUAAGAGACAAAGAAAUACCAUGACCGCGAGUUUAACGGUGAUUCAACUUAACUCUAAGCUUCCAGUCAUAAUUAUUCAAUACCUUUUCCAGUAUUAUUAGCAGGUGCUGGUUGCAGCGCGACGCGAGGCAAGAGCAGGCGCGGCUGCCGGCGGGAGGGCAGGCAUCACGUGAUCCAGCGCCGGCGACCUCGAGUGGCGCGGGCUGCUGUCUCCAGAGGUCGCGCUCGCGGUAUAAGAGGGGCCGAGCAGUGCGCCCUGGCCGUCAGACACAGCCACCAGGUGCGCCAACCCGGGACUCUCUCAGCCGAGGAACAUGCUGCGACUCUUCGUCACCGUGCUGCUGGUGUCAGCGGCCGUCGCCACCGACUUCACCAAGUGCGACAGCGGGACUCCGCCCAAGGCUCUGGCGGUGAGCGGCUGUGCGAAGCAGCCGUGCGACUUCAAGCCGGGAGCGCGUCUCGACGUGAACGUCACCUUCGGGGUCGACCACAAGGUGACCAAGCUGACCCCGGACGUGAAGGCGCUCGUGCUCGGCAUCACCACCGACUACCCGCUGCCCCAGAAGGACGGCUGCCGGGCCCUCGUGGGCGCCUCCUGCCCCUUGGAGGACGGCGAGUCGGUCACCUACAGCCUGCAGAUGAACAUCCCGCCCAUACAGAUCAAGUCUGAUGUCAAGCUCACAUUCACCAUAGCUGACGACAGCUCCAAAAUUGUCACCUGCUUUAAGCUCACUGGUCAAGUUGCCUGAUCCACUACUUAGAACCAUGGAAAACAAGUGUCAUGUACGAAGGGUCUAGCUUACAGCUAGACUACAUGAAUUCUCUGUAACUGAAUCAGCUUAAUUUAAUUUUAAUAAAAUAAAUUUCAUACAAAAAGCA